AUGAAAAACCUCAUUGUCAUGGUCCUCAUCUGGACCACAGUGGCAUGUGAUGAAACAGACAAGUCUCUUGAAGGGAUCCCUGAGGCUGGCUUUCGAAAGUGCCAGGAUGCUUUGAAUCUACCUGUUUUGGAAGUGCUACCUGGAGGAGGCUGGGACAACCUGAGGAACGUAGACAUGGGGCGGGUGAUGGAAUUGACAUACACCAACUGUAAGACCACGGAAGAUGGACAGUACAUCAUCCCCGAUGAAGUCUUUACUAUUCCUCAGAAAGAGAGCAACCUGGAGAUGAACUCGGAAAUCCUGGAAUCCUGGGAGAAUUACCGCAGCACCACCUCAUUUUCCAUCAACAUGAAUCUCGAUUUUAAUGCCAAAGUCAAUGGUAAGUUCUCAACUGAGUUCCAAAGGAUAAAGAGCCAUCAAGUAAAGGACGAUGCUGUAACUACCAGAGUUCAGGUGAGAAACCUAGCCUACACGGUGAAAAGCAACCCAAGUUCAGAACUCAGUAUGGGGUUUAAGAAGGAGCUCAUGGAAAUCUGUGACCGUCUAGAGAAAAACCAGACAAAGAUGGCCACCUACCUGGCAGAGCUCUUGGUCCUCAACUAUGGCACCCACGUGCUCACUAGUGUGGAUGCUGGAGCUGCACUGGUUCAGGAGGAUCACAUAAAGUCCUCCUUCAUUAAGAAUAGUAAGGGACUCCAUGUUGGUGUGUCUGCAUCUGCUGGAUUUACCUUUGCAAAUAUUGUGAACUUUAAAACUGAGGCAGAGUUUUCCCACAAGAAUAUCUUGACCACAGCAUACCUUGCUAAUAGAACCAACUCCAGGGUGCAGAGCAUUGGAGGGACUCCAUUCUACCCAGGCAUCACCUUUGAAACCUGGCAGAAUGGCAUCACUAAUCACCUGGUGGCAAUAGACCGUUCUGGCCUGCCUCUGCAUUUCUUUAUCAAGUCUAACAAGCUGCCUGGUUUCCCACACCACUUAGUGGAGAUGCUGGCAAAGACAGUGGAAGCGGCUGUGAGAAGCUAUUACAACUUUAACACAUACCCAGGCUGCACAAAAGCCGACUCCCCGAACUUUGAUUUCCAAGCCAAUAUGGAUGACGGUUCCUGUGACGGUAAAGUGGCUAGCACUCCAUUUGGAGGGGUUUAUCAGGUGUGCUCUCAGUUCUCAGGGCACAAUAACGUUCCCCUCUGCAAAGAUUUGCAGCAGCGGAACCCACUCACUGGCAAGUUCUCUUGUCCUUCUGGCUUCACCCCUGUCCAUCUGUUAUCUCAUACCUAUGAGGAGGGUUACCGUGACAAAGAAUGUAGAAGGAAAUGCACCCUCAAGAUCUUCUGUAGGACAGUGUGUGCUAAUGUAAUACGAGUGGCCAAGGCUGAAUAUAAGUCUUAUUGGUGUAUGGCCACCACCCAAGUACCUGAAAACUCAGGAAUUCUCUUUGGGGGAGUCUUCACUGACAAGAGCAUCAACCCCAUGACAAAUGAACAGUCAUGUCCAACCAGUUACUUUCCUCUGAACCUGUUUGAAAGCCUCAAGGUUUGUGUUUCUCUGGAUCAUGAGGUGGGGCACAAAUUUGCAAUCCCCUUUGGUGGGUUCUUCAGCUGCUCAAUGGGGAACCCCUUAUAUAAUUCCGUCACAGCUGGAGCCUCAGAGAACUCGUUUCUACGAAAGUGCCCUGGAGGCUUCAGCCAACAGCUAGCUGCUAUCGUUGAUGGAUGCCAAGUGUCCUACUGUGUCAAGGCUGGGGUCUUUACAAAAUCAUCCUUGGCCCCCGUUAGGCUUCCACCUUACACUCAGCUGCCCAUUAUGAGUCAGUUUGCCAACAACUCUGUUGUAGAAACAAGAAGUGAGAGUGCCAAAUCCUGGGUUAAGGACUCCUACACCGAGCAGUGGAGGUUAGAGGAAACAUCGAAACUGCACAGUAAUAGCAUGUCAGGAGCAUCAGCUGCUGGAGUCGCAGUUGGGGUUAUCCUGGCAUUAGGGGUUUUAACCGCCAUGGCCAUCUAUGGUAAACAGAGAUUUAAGAAGAGUGAAUGCGAAAGAGGAGGUAAAAGGGUGCUUCUUCCUUUUUCAAGAGCGAGAGCCACUCCUGAUGCGGUGUAG